CCUCGCAGCAAUCAAUCGGCGUUUUAGCGCGGUUUUCCGAGAUCAAAAACACCGUCGCCGCCGAGCGUCCUGCCUUUUGCUGAUCGCGAAAAACAAAAAUCAGUAAUCAGUCAGUGAUGGAUCGCGCCGAGGUAGCCAGGGUUACCGUGGUGCGAUAGAUUUAAGGGAUUGUUUCCAGGCUUCUACCCUCAGAAGAAGACGUAGGAGUGUAGUCUUGGUGGUCCAGUUGCUGGAUACCGUCGCAGGUUUCAGGAGAGCUUUCAGGAGAAGAACAAAGGAUAACAAGGGCUUUAUUCGAUAAAUCAAUCAAAAAUGGGUUGUUUCGGCAGCAAAGACAAACUGUCGAAGGAGGACAUGGAUUUCCUCAGGAGCCACACUCGAUACGACGAGAGUACCAUCAAAGAAUGGUAUAAAGGAUUUAAGCAAGACUGUCCGAACGGUAGACUUACUCCGGCCAAGUUUGUCGACAUGUACAAAAUGUUCUUUCCAAGUGGCAACGCGGAAGAAUUCUGCGAUCACGUCUUCAGGACAUUCGACAUGGAUAAAAACGGUUAUAUCGACUUCAAAGAAUUUUUGUUGGCGAUAGACGUAACAUCGAGUGGUACUCCUGAGGAAAAACUGAAGUGGGCCUUUAGAAUGUACGACGUUGAUGGAAAUGGCGUCAUAGAUAUACAAGAAAUGACUAAAAUCGUUCAGGCAAUCUACGACAUGCUGGGCGCGUGCUCCUCGAACCGGCCCGCCGACUCGGCCGAGGAGCGCGCCAAGAACAUUUUUGCCAAGAUGGACGAGAACAACGACGGCCAGCUCACCCAGGAGGAGUUCCUCAAGGGCUGCCUGCAGGACGAGGAGCUCUCGAAGAUGCUGGCGCCUUAAGAGGCCUCCCUCCGCGCUCCGUAACCGUCGUCGGUUGCGCGAAAAUGCCGAUUGGUGCGCCGAUGGAGACCUGGAGGCUCCUAAGGCGGGCGGAGAGUUUGUAUAGAUGUGUUAAAGGUGUAAAAUAAGAUAAAGCGAGGUUCUAUUACUGUAAGACGUUGUCCAGUCUCACCUCUUUUAUAUCUAAUAAAUUAAAUUUCGAUAUAGGUGAUGUUUAAUGGUAUCGAUUUAAAAGAUUGAUAUGUCGAAUAUUUUCUUUGUUUUCUUAUUUAUUCAGUUUCAGAGAUAGAUUGAGUUUUGUGAUAGAUAUUUUUCAGGAGGAUAUGCCUAUUCCUACUUCCUUAGAUUGCAAUGAAAAAUUAAAUUUAGUUGUAAAAAUUGAUUUGAUGAUGCGGAAUAUGAAUAAUAUAUCUUUCAUAGACUAACUGAAACGAGACGGUUUUUUAGUGUUUAGAGAGAAAAUUAUAUUGGAAUGAUGGACAACGGUCCUAAAAUAAUAGAGAACAACUCGCUACAAUUUCUAGUCAUUUCAUUGGUCUGAUCACUGACGUACACUACCGUAAGAACCAAUCCGCAUUUUCCGCAACAUUGACCAGCACACUAGCGGCCUCUAGUUAAGCCUAACGAACAUUCGGCUGAGGGUCCCGGGUUCGAAUCCCGCUUGUAACUGGCACAAUCGUACGCUGAGAAUUAAAAGACUUUUAUAAACUUAUAAAAACACACACAGAAAAAUCCUUGGUAUAUGUGGUUUUCCCAGACUUCGAAAAUGUUUCCUAUUGACUGUAAAAUAAUAUUUAUGAACGUUAUCUAUAUUAAAAAUAAACAAAAAAAAAAUAGGAGACUUUUUUGACGAAAUUUUUGCUAAAUAAUAUUGGAAUUUAUAUGUAUUAUCUAUAUACGAACAGGUAUUGUCGUAUAUUUGUGGAUUUCUCUAUCCAGUCUGUAAAUCUAAGGUAAAUAUUAAUUAAAAGAAAACAGGGCGUGUCUAUAAUUAACAGAAUUAGUGUGACGUUACUUAUAUGCAACCAACAAUACGCGGAAUCCUAACAAGGUUUCAUAACCCGUAUGUAUCCUACUGUCUGUACUGUCUAAUUUCCUGCCAGUUGUUCUUUUAUUAUACUCUUGGCGAAAUGUUUAUUAUAUACGUAGUGUAUAUAUAAAUAUCCUGUAUACCUCAUUGACAUAAAUAAUCAAAUGCUGUACAGGGUGCUACAAAUUCGAGGUACGAGCAUUGGUAUCUCGGAAACCA